UUUAAACAAAGGUUAACGUCCCAAUUACUCAAACCCUAGGCAGCAGCAAAGAGAAGAAGUAAAACCACAUGCGAGCCUUGUGGUUGCGGCAAUGGCGGAGCACUUGCCAUCGAUAUUCGGGACGGGGAAGGUCAUGGUGAAUUGCCCGUUCUACUUCAAGAUCGGCGCGUGUAGGCACGGUGAUCGGUGCUCUUUCCUCCACACGAAGCCGAGCAUAAGCCCUACCAUUCUGCUCUCCAACAUGUACCAGCGCUCCGACAUGAUAACCCCCGGCGUUGAUGCCCACGACAACCCUAUCGACCCCCGCAAGAUCCAGGACCACUUCGAGGAGUUCUAUGAGGAUAUCUUUGAGGAGCUCUCCAAGUACGGCGAAAUCGAAAGCCUCAAUGUCUGCGACAACCUCGCCGACCACAUGGCGGGGAAUGUAUACGUUCAGUUCAGAGAGGAGGAGCAUGCUGCAAAUGCUGUCAGGAACCUCGCUGGACGGUUUUAUGCCGGCAGGCCAGUUAUCGUGGAUUUCUCGCCGGUGACGGAUUUUCGAGGAGUUACUUGCAGGCAGUAUGAGGAAAAUACUUGCAACCGCCGUGGCUGCAACUUCAUGCAUUUGAAGAGAAUUAGCCGGGAUUUGAGACACCAAUUAUUUGGGAAGCACCAUAGAAGGCACAGCAGAAGCAGGGAUGAGCGGUCCCAUCGUAGUCAUAGCAGAAAGUACGAUGACAGGGACCACCAUCAUGAGAGUCGUGGUAGGAAACACAGGAGUUCUAGUCCUGGACUUAGGAGAGGAAGAAGUCGAAGUCCUGGACGGAGGAAGCACCGCAGUCCAGUCAGAGAUGGCAGUGAGGAGAGGAGGGCAAGAAUUGAGCAGUGGAACAGGGAGAAGGAAGAACAAGAUCCUGGAAACAAGACUAAAGCUGAUGACAUUGACAAUGGUAACAAGGGGUACUCUCUAAAUGCUAGCCAAUCUCAUGGGCAUCAGCAUCAAGAGCAGGAACAGCAAACUCCAAAUGAGGCUUAUUGAUCUGUUUAUGUUAUUAUGGUUUGUGUUCUCUCCCUUUUGUUUGCCUAUUCAUUUGGAUCUAGGCAGCAUAUUUUAUUCUAGAAUAUACCACCCACAGGAUAAAUACAGCUCACCACCGAUUUUCCACUAUGCAGGUGCACUUCUCUAACGUAUGGAAUGUGUUUCCUUCUUCAUCCCUCCCCUUUUACCUUUUGGAUUUUCCAAUUUUUUAUAGACAUGAUAUUUGAUUGCGUGUGGAUGUUUGUGCUACUUGUGUAGGUUAUUCAUAAUAUUUUACUCUUUUGAACUAUGUUUUCAACCAUCUUUCUGCAUUAUUUGGUCACUCUUCAGUGAUGGAAUGCACUAGAAAUACUGUUGAGCUGAGCUUUGUUCUUGUUUCUACUGUAUGUAUGAAGGUUUAGGUAUUAUGAAAUGAGCCCUUUACUUAGUUGAAGUUCACCUCAUUCAUGGUACUAAGCUAUUGGAUUUUCGAUAUUUCACAGAACUGCUCAAAGGAAGCGAGCCUCUACCAUCCUGGCACAACAAAUCUCCUAUAUCACAAAUCCAGCACAACAAAUCUCUUAUAGCACAAAUCCUCGCUGACAUACUGUAAGCUAUCCCUGACACCCAUUCCCUUCAUUUUUUUUAUUCUCAUUAGUCCAUGCUUCGAAUUAAACAUGGUCUUUUUCAGAUGGAGAAUGUUUGUUCAGAUCAGAGAGAGAAACGGAAACCUCACUCGAAGGUUUUAUUUUGGUUAGUUGUGUUUUUGCUCUGUUUUGUUUGGUUCACUGGAACUUGUCAUUCAUAUUGAAACUUUGAUGAUGGCAAGCUGGUUUAGAUAGAAUAAAAAAGAGAGUUUGAUAAUUGAUCAACACUUUCUACAUUGUGCACACUUUCAGUAAUAUAUAUAUAUAUAUAUGAAUGUGGUGGGAGAAUUGGUGCGCAUUAUUCCCAAUGACGAAAAGUUUAGUAAUCUGAAGGGGGGCGUGGCGUUCAGCGAUAAAAAAUCAAUUGGGUCUCCCUAUUGCAACUUACUAUCAUUGUUGCUUCUAAGGUUGAGAAACCUAUUUGAUUCCAUGCCCUCUCCCUUGUCGAUACUUGGCAUCCCGAGGGAU